AUGGGAGGGCUGGUGAAUGGAACUCUGGUGACUCAUUCAAACCAUUUGGAGGUGGUGAAGUUAAUCAAAUCUGGUUCCUAUGUAGCUCUCACUGUUCAGGGACGCCCACCUGGGUCGCCCCAGAUUCCACUAGCUGAUCCUGAAGUAGAGUCAUCAGUCACUGGACAUAUGUCUCCCAUAAUGACAUCACCUCAUUCACCUGGAGCAUCUGCGAAUAUGGAGAGAAUCACUAGUCCUGUGCUCAUGGGGGAGGAAAACAAUGUAGUUCAUAACCAGAAAGUAGAGAUUCUGAGAAAAAUGUUACAGAAAGAACAGGAGCGACUACAGUUAUUGCAGGAAGAUUAUAAUCGGACACCUGCCCAAAGAUUGCUAAAAGAGAUCCAAGAGGCCAAGAAACACAUUCCCCAGCUGCAAGAGCAGUUAUCCAAAGCCACAGGCUCUGCUCAGGAUGGAGCUGUACUUAUACCCUCUAAGCCUUUAUGUGAUGCUCUAACAGUCAGUGAGGUAGAAGCAGAUUCUGGUGACGGACUGGGCAGAAUUGACCCUAGCAGUGGAGAUGGUUCUCGGCCCAUUAGUGACAAUGCAGAUAGCCCCAGAAGUGGACCGAAAGAAAGGAUUUAUCUAGAGGAAAGCCCAGACAAAAGUGAAGUUAUUCAGGAUACCGAUACACAAUCACUUAUUGGGAGUCCUCCAACCCGUAUAGCACCUCAUAUUAUUGGAGCAGAGGAUGAUGAUUUUGGUACUGAACAUGAACAGAUCAAUGGACAGUGCAGCUGUUUCCAGAGCAUUGAACUGCUAAAAUCUCGCCCUGCUCACUUGGCUGUUUUCUUACAUCAUGUGGUUUCACAGUUUGACCCUGCAACAUUGCUCUGUUAUCUCUAUUCAGACCUGUAUAAACAGACCAAUUCCAAGGAGACUCGUCGAGUCUUCCUUGAGUUUCACCAGUUCUUCUUGGAUCGAUCUGCACACCUGAAAGUUUCUGUUCCUGAUGAAAUAUCUACAGAUCUAGAGAAAAGAAGACCUGAGCUUAUUCCUGAGGAUCUACAUCGCCAUUAUAUCCAAACUAUGCAAGAAAGAGUCCACCCAGAAGUUCAGAGGCACUUGGAAGAUUUUCGGCAAAAACGUAGUAUGGGACUGACUUUGGCUGAAAGUGAGUUGACUAAACUUGAUGCAGAGCGAGACAAGGACCGGGUAACUUUGGAGAAGGAACGGGCAUGUGCAGAACAUAUUGUUGCCAAAAUUGAAGAAGUGUUGAUGACUGCUCAGGCUGUAGAAGAAGACAAGAGUUCAACAAUGCAGUAUGUCAUUCUCAUGUACAUGAAACAUUUGGGAGUAAAAGUGAAAGAGCCUCGAAAUUUAGAGCACAAGCGAGGUCGGAUUGGAUUCCUUCCAAAAAUCAAGCAGAGUAUGAAAAAAGAUAGGGAAGGCGAAGAGAAAGGGAAGCGAAGAGGAUUCACCAGCAUCCUGGGACCUCCAAGGAGACCAAGCCGCCAUGACAACAGUGCAAUUGGCAGAGCCAUGGAACUACAGAAGCAACGCCACCCUAAACACUUAUCCACACUCUCAUCUGUGAGUCCUGAACCUCAGGAAUCUGCUAAGUUACGCCAGAGUGGAUUAGCAAAUGAAGGAACAGAUAUUGGAUAUCCUCCUGCCAAUCCUGUGUCCUCUAUGGCUGUAGGGUCCACUCUUUUCCAGGAAGGAGGGAAAGAGAACGAUAUAGGAUCAAAGCAAGUUGGAGAAACACCAACAUCUGGAGACUCCAUAGAUGGUGCACCUCGUACUCCCAAUACCAUCUUUGAUUUCCCACCUCCUCCAUUAGACCAAGUGCAGGAGGAGGAAAGUGAAAUAGAAAGGGUAAUUGAACAUGGGACACCGAAGACCUUUCGAAAAUUUGAUAGCAUGGCUUUUGGAGAAAGUCAAAGUGAGGAUGAACAAUUUGAAAAUGACUUAGAGACAGAUCUACCCAACUGGCAGCAGCUUGUUAGUCGAGAAGUGUUAUUGGGACUAAAACCUUCUGAGAUCAAAAGACAGGAAGUGAUUAAUGAAUUGUUCUACACUGAAAGAGCUCAUGUUCGAACACUGAAAGUUCUUGAUCAAGUGUUUUAUCAACGAGUGUCUAGGGAAGGAAUUCUGUCACCUUCAGAACUACGGAAAAUUUUUUCAAAUUUGGAAGACAUUCUUCAACUUCAUAUUGGGUUAAAUGAGCAAAUGAAGGCUGUUCGAAAGAGGAAUGAGACUUCUGUUACUGAUCAGAUUGGGGAAGAUUUGCUGAGCUGGUUCAGUGGACCAGGAGAGGAGAAGUUGAAACAUGCUGCUGCUACCUUUUGUAGUAACCAACCUUUCGCCCUGGAAAUGAUCAAGUCUCGUCAGAAAAAGGAUUCUCGAUUCCAGACUUUUGUGCAAGAUGCUGAGAGUAAUCCACUAUGUCGUCGUCUGCAGCUGAAGGAUAUCAUUCCCACCCAGAUGCAGAGGCUUACUAAGUACCCUCUUUUGUUGGACAAUAUUGCCAAAUACACAGAAUGGCCAACAGAAAAAGAAAAGGUGAAGAAAGCUGCAGAUCACUGUCGUCAGAUCUUAAAUUAUGUUAAUCAGGCUGUCAAGGAGGCAGAAAACAAGCAGCGCUUAGAAGAUUAUCAACGUCGCCUUGAUACCUCCAAUCUGAAGCUGUCAGAGUACCCAAAUGUUGAAGAGCUCAGGAAUUUGGAUUUAACAAAAAGGAAAAUGAUUCAUGAAGGGCCAUUGGUUUGGAAGGUGAAUAGAGAUAAAACUAUUGAUCUAUACACAUUGCUGCUGGAAGACAUUCUUGUACUGUUACAAAAGCAGGAUGAUAGACUGGUGCUAAGGUGUCACAGUAAGAUUCUGGCAUCUACAGCUGAUAGCAAACACACGUUUAGCCCUGUCAUUAAGUUGAAUACAGUGUUGGUUCGACAAGUAGCAACAGAUAACAAAGCUUUAUUCGUCAUUUCCAUGUCAGACAAUGGAGCCCAAAUUUAUGAACUGGUGGCUCAGACGGUUUCUGAAAAGACUGUCUGGCAGGAUCUAAUCUGUCGGAUGGCUGCAUCAGUGAAAGAGCAAUCCACAAAGCCAAUUCCGUUACCACAGUCACCACCAUGCGAAGGAGACAAUGAUGAAGAAGAACCUUCAAAACUAAAAGUGGAACAUCAUGGCAUUUCAGUCACUGGUCUGCAGAGUCCAGACAGAGAUUUGGGGUUAGAGUCUCCCUUAAUAUCAUCAAAACGUCAGUCUCAUUCACUGGGUACCUCUGGCAAAUCAGAGGUCGAUGAUCUCUUUGUGGCUGAGAGAGAGUUUGCGAAAGAGCACCAUGCGGAUGAGACUCUAAAGGAAGUUGGAGUAAAUUAUCAAAUAACAAUCCCAGAUCCACAUUUUCCCAUCUCCGAAGAACGGUGGGCAUUGGAUGCGCUAAGGAAUUUGGGUUUGUUGAAGCAGUUGCUGGUACAACAGCUAGAUUUGUCUGAGAGGAGUACUCAGGAAGACUGGCAACAUUUCCCAAGAUCUAGGACAGCCUCUCAGGGGGUACAGGCAGACAGUGGAAUUCAGAACUCUGAAAAUACUAAGGCCUGUCAUCCUGGUGAAGGACAGAUACCCUUUAGAACUGGAACUGGUGACAUUUCUGCAUGUUGCAGUCCAAGGACUUCAACUGAAUCUUCCAUUCCACGAGAUUCAGUGAUACUGGCAUCCCAAGAUAGCCAGGCAAGUAACAUUGUAGCCAUGGACCACAUGAUUAUGACCCCAGAGAUGCCUACCACAGAGUCUGAAGGGGGUCUUGAUGAGAGUGGAGAGCACUUUUUUGAUGCCCAUGAAGCACAUAGUGAUGAUAAUCCAUCAGAAGGCGAUGGAGCCAUUAAAAAGGAAGAGAAAGAUGUUAAUUCACGCAUCUCAGGAAACUAUUUCAUCCUUGAUGGCUAUGAAACCAUGCAGGAGAGCUCCACAGAUGAGGAGGUUGUCUCCUCGUUUACCCUGCAACCCAUGGCAGGUGCCCCCUCUAUGGACUCUACCUACCAGCAGCAGCAUUCUCCCCAGAACGCUCAUUCUGAUGGGGCAAACUCACCCUUCACCCCAGAAUUCCUGGUCCAGCAGCGCUGGGGAGCGAUGGAGGAUUCCUGUUUUGAGAUCCAGAGUCCCCCUUGUGCAGAUUCACAAAGCCAGAUCAUGGAAUACAUUCGUAAGAUAGAGGCUGACCUUGAACACUUAAAGAAGGUGGAGGAAAGUUACACCAUUCUUUGCCAAAGGCUGACUGGAUCAGCUCUCAAAGACAAGUACUCAGAAUUUUUCAUUCUUGAAGAAAAGAGUUUCCUUUUGCUUGUUUCUUAUGCCUCCUCCACUGGUACUGAUGUUAUUGAUAAUAAAUUGGUAGAAAAAAAGUACCUCCUAGAAGGAAGCCCUCCCCUCCAUUUCCAGGUGCCAACUGCUAAGCAGAUGUACCGCAAAAAUGCCAGAACUGUCAUCUUCCCCACUACUCAGCUGCAGUCUCUCCCGAGACAGGGCACGUUCUUCCUGCGCCCCGAAAAGCCCCACCAGGGGGCGCCCUUUGCCCGCCGAAACUUGCCGGGCUAUAACUCGGUCCGGGGUGGGCUGCCCCCUUUCGCAGAGCGGCGGAGAGUGCGGGCUGCGCCUCGUCUACCCACCAGAGGUCGAUACACUGCAGCGUACUCACCUCGCACUGCGGGCCGCCCCGCGUGCGCGCCCCUCGCUCCGAGCGCCCUACCCCUGCGCAGCUCCGCGGGCUAG